AUGGAAGAUUUAAGCAAUGUCUCCAUGCAAGAUAUUUUAUAUAAUGAAAUGCGAGAAGAGGAAAGAAUUUGCUUGCAGGAUAUUCUGUUGAACGACAUCUGGGAAGUCGAAGAAAACAGCCAAGAUGAGAUAAAAAAGAAGAAUAAGAAUGAAAUAAAUCCACAUGACUUUAUCUUUACGAAUGCACACAAUAACAUAUUUGAAAAUUAUUCAGAUCAUGAAGGGUAUAAUGAGGUAAUUAAUUUGCUAAGUAGAACAGAAGUAACUAACAAUACAGGAAUUAACCUUCAAGGAAAUUCUAACUUUGUCAGUGGUGUUCAAAGAGUGGAUAUAAAAAAUUUUAUGAACUUCGAACCUGUUUUUGUUAAGAUUUAUCAUGAGAAAGAUUGUUAUACAAGUGGGAACCUAGCAGAGGCAGAAGGGGCUGAAGCAGAAGUAGGAAAAGUAGCAUCAAAGGGUGAUGCAGUAGAAGGAGAUGUGGUGAUGAAAGACACUACAGAUUCAGGAAUUCAAGAGCAAGAAAGCAAAAAUUCACUUGACGUCAAUCGAUGGUGUGCAAAUGAAGCAAAAGGAAAUAAAAUGACAGGAAAAAAAAAAUCCAUGUCAGAUGAAGAUUUAAGCAAGAAAAAAAUGAUAAGCGCAGAUUUUAGCGAUGAUGAAAUAUACACACCGAAAGCACUUAAAAUGAAAAGAGAAAAAAGUAAAAAAAAAAAAAAAAGAAGCAGCUCUUUUUCAGAUGAAAAUAGUGAAGAAAGUUCCAAUAUAUCAGCGAAAAAAAUAAAGCAAAAAAAAAGAAAUCACAUUUCAGAUGAUAAUAGCGAAGAAAGCUCCAACAUCUCUAUGAGAAAAACAAAAAGAAAAGGAAAAAUAGAUGACAUGUCCACUGAUAGGGAGAAAGACAAAGGGUAUUAUUAUUCACCCAUUAGAACUAAACAUAAAGAAGCUUUUUCAAAUGCAUUCGACAUAUUAGUAAAACGAAAAAAUGAAAAGAAUGAAGAGGCCAUUAAAGCAUUUAACUAUAUAAAUUUAAAAAAAAGAAGAAAUCGAAAAUUUUCGAAAAAUGUAGAUAGUUAUAACAGCAAUGAAGAUUACUGUACGAACGAGCACAGAUUAGGAAGUCGAGUCGAUAGAGUAAAUGAUAGGAAAGAUGAAAAAAGAAGAAAUCAAAAAAAAAAUAUGGAUGAUUCAAAAGAUGGAUGUGAAGAUAUUCCUGAAAAAUAUCAACAUUUAAUUGAUCAAGGGUUGGAAGUAAAUGUUUUGAGAUAUGCUUUGAGUAUGAAAAUGAAUUCAAAUGAACAGGUGAAAGAAUCGGAUAUUAUAGGACUAUAUGAUAUUAAAAAAAUUAUAAAAGAUAAAAUUGUGAAUGUAAUAUUGAGACCAGAUUUAUUUACAGGUUUAAAUAGAGCAGCAAAGGGAAUAUUAUUAUUUGGUCCUCCAGGAACAGGAAAAACAAUGAUUGCUAAAUGGGUGGCAUCUCAUUGUAAAUGUUCCUUUUAUAAUGUUAGUACUUCUUCUCUUUUUAGUAAAUAUAUUGGAGAAACUGAAAAAAUUGUAACAUGUUUAUUUAAAUGUGCAGAGGUAGACAAUCCUUCUAUUUUAUUUUUUGACGAAAUAGAUUCUAUAUUAGGUAUGAGAAAAAAAGACGAAGACGAUACGACUAUAAGAAUUAAAAACCAACUGUUGCAAAUGAUCGAUGGAAUAAAUACAAAGAGGGAUGUUGUUAUUGUCAUUAUUGGAGCAACGAACAGACCAGAUAUGAUUGAUGAUGCUGCUUUGAGAAGAUUUAAUAAAAGAGUAUAUAUUCCUCUACCAGAUUUACAAGCCAGAAAGGAACAAAUACGUUAUAUCAUAACGAAACAUACUCAUAAUGGAUUUCAAAUGACAGAAGAGGAAUUAGAUAGUAUUGCCCAUAAAUUGCAUAAUUGGAAUGGGAGUGACAUUUAUCACUUGUGCACGAAAUGCUACGAGUAUGUGUAUGAUGAUGCUGUCGAACUAUACAAUGGAAUAGAAAAUAUACCAAACACUUCCAUAUUUAGAGCAAUAAAAUAUGAUGAUUUUAUCAAAGCCAUGAUGCAAGUUAAUACAUCCUACAAGUGCGUCUUUGACUAUGACGACUGGAGCAGCAAGCAUGGCUCCUUGUGA